AUGGCGGUGCCUCUUUUGAAAACGGAACUCGACGACUCGACAUGGUCGACACUUUCUCCGUUGCCGUCGAGCGUGCUCGGCUCUCCAUCAAAAUUGCUUGCCGAUCACUUCACAAACCGUGUGACUGGAAAGACAUGCGUGACGAGCUCUUCCUCUCUAUGCUCGUCAUCGUCGACUGUGACGUCAUCCUCAUCGGCCUCUUCUUCGUUGGCGACAUCAACCCUGACGAUCGGCAAGGUAAAAGAGGAGCCGAUGGACGCUGACGAUUUCCUGGCUGCUGCGACCGCGACAGUGACGCCGACGAGGUUCAAGAUCACGAAUGCCGGUGGGCUGACGAGCAGUCGGGUCAUCAGUGCUGCCUGCAUCACUGGCGGCCCUCGGGUGUGUCGACUGUCGGCGGCCAAUGUCGACGACGGGGAAGAGUCUGAACGCCGCCUUGUUCCCAUCGUCGUGCACAAGGAGAAGGACUAUGGCAUUUCGAGGGUAGGAGCUCGACCGUCUGGUUUUCAUUUGCUUUCUUUUGAUGCCUGUUUGCCAAACGAAGACUAG